GUGGGAUGGAGGAGCUAGAACCCUGGACCCGACGCCUGGAGAUGGGAAGGAACGGGGAGAAGCUGAGGGAUGCGGCGGCCCAGCUUGGAGACCAAGAGCCUCCAGAGCUGUGGUGGAUUAUGCGGGGAUGAGGGUGGCUAGGGGAAGACCUAAAGGACAGCGGGCAAGAGCACGUCCUCUUUUUUCUCCUCAACCUCGGGACCGAGAGGAGGAGGGAGAGUUGUGGCCCCCUCCAGGGAAGGGAUGGAAGGGCACGGCCUAAUGUACCCACUGUCCCCCUCCCCCACUUCUGCACCUAAUAGGCUCGACCUGAAAAUUAGGCUGCACCUACUCCUGCGUGCCCUGUCCGGGCCCUCUCCCUCCCUUCCAUCUGUAAUGCCUCUAAUCUCCUGCUGUGGCAUUCCCUACCUUCCAGCUGUUGCACCCCCCUCCCCCAUUUGGAUGUGGUUUUCUCUCUCUCUUCUGCCCUGCUCUCCUCUGGUUUCCUUAACCCAUUUCCCAGGUCAGGCGCCUCAAAAACCUCCUUUUUCUCACACACUCACCAAACUCCUUGACUUACAAUCUUGGUAGGCAAGGCUUUGGCUGACGGUGGCAAGGGAAGAAGGGGUGGGCUCCAUAAACAGUAGUAGGAACGCAGGGAGGAGCCUUGUAGCUUUCUGUCUUCCGCCUCUUUGGCCUUCAACCAAAAGAGCAUGCACAUGAGUUCUUUCACACCCCAGGUGCCCGGAACCUCACUCUGAACCUCCUCUCUUCCUCCAAUUCUCCGGGCUGCCCCAUGGUUUUCAGGCAGAGGGUCAUCCCAAGCUUACACCAGUAGCAAGAAUUUGGGAAGGAAAGAAACCAAGUUCCCUCUGAGCCUUGCUGUCCAGACAUUGAUAUUUACAAGUUCAAGAGCGCAGCCAUCUCUUGUCUCACGUUUAAGGAGGGAAAGGUAUCAGGACCUCAAGCCGACCCCAACCAACUGUUGACUUCCAGGAAGACCCCAAGGUCUAACAUUUGUGAAGUCGGAGAUCGUUGGUGGGCAGAGGUGGAAGAUGGACAGUGUGGCUCAGGUUUCCUAGGCUUCCUCACAAAAGCAAAAACCCUGUAAAGGGCAGUUAUUGCUCUGAGGAAGGCCCUGGGGUGUGGGGGAAUAAUAAAGUGACAGAGACCAUGAAAUUGUAGCACCCACCUCUGCCAGCGGAAACCAUGUUGGCUUCAGGAGAGUUUAUCCAUUUGACCCUCCAGAAAGCCUGGUCAUGUGUGCACUGGGUGAGGGGCCAUGCUGUUCUGGGGAGUAGAACUCCAGGGAAGAGCCCUGAUCUUGAGUUUUAUCUCUUUACUCAUGGUAUUAUAUACUCCGGGCAAGCUUUUUACCACCAAACUAAACCAGCGGCUUCUCUCUCUCUCUCUCUCUUUUUUUUUCCAAAAAUUUUAUUUUGAGAUGAAGUGCCACUAUGUUGCCUCUCAGAGCUUGAACUUUAAACUCUCUUGCCUCAGCCUUCUAAAUAGCUGAGCCUCUGAGGCCUGAGCUAGCAGGUAAACAAAGGAAGAGCAGAGCAUGGUGACUGGUACAGGCUUUUAGCCGCAGCACAGUGGAGGCAGAUGGAAACAAGUGGAUCUCUGAGUUCGAGGCCAGCCUGUCUAUACAACAACUUUCAGAGUAGUCAAGACUACAUUGAGUCUGUCUCAACAAACUAAAAUGAAGAGACCGCUUUGUUUCAGGGUCUGGGGUGUGUGUGGUUCAGUUGGUAAAAAGUUCCUGACAAACAUGGCCCUGGGCUUGACCUGUAGCACUGCAUAAAGAAAGCCUACUAUGGUGCUUCAGUUCCUCCUAUACUGGGAAGCAGAGGCAGGAGCUCAUGGUCAUAUUUGACCAUGUUGCAAGUUCAAGGCCGGUCUGGGUGACAUAAGACCUUGUUUCCAAAAAAGGGAAAGAAAAAUGUUUUUUUCUGUAUGUUUUGUGUGAGAAACAUCAUGACUGCCGUCUAUAGAGUACAUCCUAUACUGUGCCAGAUCUCUAGGCCAAGAACUGCUUUUGGUUACUUCAUUGAUGCCUAUAACACCCAUCAGGUUACACUGUCAUCACCGUAGGGAUGAGGAACUGAAAUGAGUUAGUUUUUCAAGACCCAUUAGACAGUCUUGGCGGCCUAUUUCAGCAAUCAGUGAGCUAAAUGGUCAAUAGCACAGAGAGGACCAGGAUAUUGAGGCUCAGCAGAGCAUGAACGCAAACACCAAAUGCAGAGGCCAGGGGAUCUCUAAGUUUGAGACUACCCUGGGCUACACAUCAAGUUCCAACCUAGCCAGGGCUACACAGUGAGAGCCCCCCACCCCACCCCCCUCUCUCACACAGAUACACACACACAGAAGGAAAGAAAUCAGCAUGUGGUUAGAGUGGGACUUGCAGUAGCUAGGCCUGUCCCACAGCCUCGUGUACGACUGACAUAGGUACCACCGUCCCCAUGUGGAUGUAGAACAGAUGUUGGCAGGCCUCACAUACUACAGGCCACCCAGCCAAUUAGAAGCAGCCCUGGCCUUUGCUGGCCCUGAGGCCUAGACCAGGGGCAUGAGUGGCUGGCUAUUACUCAAACUUCAUUUUUUUUUAAUUAAAAAACAUGUAAAAACAAAACCAUCACAUUUUGUACUAAAAGAAACUCAAAAUUAUUACUGAAAUAAUAUAAACAAGCCAAAGAAGUGAGUUGGUAACCUACAUGCGGUCCAAGCCUGUAAUGCCAGCACUUGGGAGAAGAGACAGGAGCUCAAGUCUGGGUUGUGCUAUUUGAGACGUUGUCUUAUUUAAAGAAUUGUGAUAUUUGUGCUUUCACCUAUUACCUUUUUAUUAAUUUUUUUUAAAUUUAUGGACAUUGGUAUUCUGCCUCACUGUAUGUCCACAUGAGGGAGUCAGAUCUUCUGCAACUGGAGUCAGUCAUGAACUGGGUACUGAGUUGAACCCAGUUACUUUUGGAAGAGCAGCCGGUGCUUUUUAACCACUGAACCAUCUCUCCAGCCCCCUUCCCUGUUACUUUUCUUUUUAAGAUUUAUUUUAUUUAUGCGAGUACACUGUCUUUAGACACACCAGAAGAGGGCAUCGGAUCCCACUACAGAUGGUUGUGAGCCACCAUGUGGUUGGUGGGAAUUGAACUCAGGACUUCUGGAAGAGCAGUCAGUGCUCUUAACCGCUGAGCCAUCUCCCCAGCCAUGCUGUUACGUUGUUUUAAAGACAGAGUCUCACUGCAUAGCUUAGGUUGGCCUUGAACUCAAGAUGCACCUGCCUUAGGCUCUCCGUUUGCAGGCGGUCUUAGCCCACAGGGCUCCUUUCAGAUAGCUGUGCAUGCGAGUUCAGCUCCGGCUCUGUAGAUGCAGCUUCUCCAGGCUUGACUGACUGUGAGAGACUCCACCACCCAUGGCACCUGGUCCUUCUCUCUGCUUUUACCAUCUGAGCAAGGAUGAGAGUUAAUCUCAGCCAUGCCUUCAGAAGGGCUGACAGUAUUGCUUCAUUAACCAGAGGGAACCAGCUAGGGGGUAAGGAUGAGGUGCAGGGCUCCUGGCCUUCCCCAGUCUGCAGAGGCAAGACAGCAAAGACGGAAUCUCCAGCAUGUCCAUUGUCACGUGACCACUGAAACCUGAAAUUAUCAUUGGUCCUGGGGUAGCAAAAGGUCAGAGACCAAGUCUCCCUCUUUUCUGAUUGAGCAGGUGAGCCAGCCUCCCUGGAGUCCACAAAGGCCUGUAGUCUAGCUAGCUGGGAAGACAAAACAGAGCUAGGAAAGUGAAAGGCACAGCUCACUGUGCCCCAUCUCCUUUUCCUACCCCUCCUCGGCCUUUAAGGCCAGGUAGGAGUCUCCCGGGGACUUGACUUAAGGCAGGGCUGCUGCAUCAACUCUUGUCCCUGAGCAGCCCAGCCCAGGCCCUUCCCUCACCUUACUGGCAGAAAUAUGGUAAUAGGGAACCCCCGUUCUCAAAAGGUAACUCCCUAGUCAAAGACAAGGCUUAAGAAAGUGGGUGUUGUUUACAUGUGGGGAGAACUGUGGGGUAAGGACGAUGGAUCCUGUCAGAAGGGGAGGUAAAUCUGCAGGCAGGCAGAAGGCACAGCCGCAUCCAUCAGAAACAUCUACCCUUCAAGGUCUCUCAAAGGUAGAGAACCAGGAAUCCCAGGCCAUGGCCACUUUCCUCUCUGCAACUUCUCAAACUAAGUAGAAGAGAGUGGGAUAUCCCAGCCUGCAGGAAAAUGAUGUCCAAGAAGGCAGGGAUAGUUCAGUGUAAGAACUCAAGGCAUGGACAGAUGGCCACACCUCUAAGCAGAGCCUCCAGAGCUGGUCACCACAUAACACAAGCCAUUGGAUUCUGCUGUUAAAGCAAGAGGGAGCAAGAGAGGGGCUGGGGAUUUAGCUCAGUGGUAGAGCGCUUACCUAGGAAGCGCAAGGCCCUGGGUUCGGUCCCCAGCUCCGAAAAAAAAAAGAACCAAAAAAAAAAAAAAAAAAAAAAAAAGAGGGAGCAAGAGAGAAUUCACCUGCUACAGCCUCCUCUGGCAGGAAAGCCUAGGAGGAAUGAGGGAGAGGUGAGGGUGACUUACAUACAGGCCCUAACUCUGUAGCCUUGUGGGACCCUGAAUGAACCAUCGGUAAAAUGGGAGAGCUGGCUGUCAUUAGAGCCUCUCCCUUGGUAGAUAAGGGCAGGGACCACUCUGUUCCCUUGCAGUCUGACACAGAUGCGGCCCACCCGUAAUUCUUGUGAUUCAGAGUGACAGACAAAUCCCUCCUCUAUGCACCCAGGCACUGCAUAAUUGAUGGCCAGGGAGACAGGUUCCCUCCCCCAAGGUGACCGAAUGUCUGGGCCUGGGGCUUCUAGUCUGCCACCCCCAAAGGCCAGGCGCCAAGACCCAGCUGGGGUCAAGGAGACACAGCUGGUGGGUCAGGAAUAAAGGAAACAGAAAGGGGGUACAUUUGCUGAGAAAGAAGAAUCUCCCAUUUACCACAGCUCCCUGGGGACCCUCGGCCCUCCCUGUCUUCUUUCAGGUCAAGCUGGAAGAUCUGUCAGCCCGAGGGCGGUAGGGUAGCCUGACCAUAGUUGAGUAACCUACCUGAGUCUCCCAGCUUCUUCAGCCAUUGCCACUGCCCUAUAAGGCGAGCAUGUGGAAGGAAUGGCUUCUCUAUGCUCGUCCUUCCCAGCUGCUAGCCCUGGAUACCACAGGGCCCUCUAGGGAUGCCUGUGUGAUCUGAGGCAGGCAGAGCUGCAAACUGAUUCUGAGGAUGUUAUCCUCUCUAUGACUAAACUAAGCCCAGAUUUGGGGGGGGGCGGGGGAGGGGCACAAACCACUCUAAAAGGCCUGGUGGUGUGAUACCCCAAACUCAGGAAGGGAGAAGCGGUCUGUGUUUUUCAUCUCGAUCUUGCAGGGUUCUCUGCUUUUCAAAACCAUCUUUUCAGGCCAUCCUCCAGGCUUGAAGCUGUUGGCCAGUCUCUCACCUAGUUCCUUUGACCGUCCUUUUCUCCUCACCCCAUCUCCAUUUCUUAACUUCUGUGUGGUACCGUACCCCAAAGCAACACCUCGAGUCCUCCCCUCCAAUCCCAGCCCCUCUUCCUCCGCCAGGUGCCUGCCUAGCCCAAAUAACUGCACGCCGAGGUCAGAGAAGAUGGGCUUCAGAGCGCACAGGUGGGGAUGAGUUCAGCGCCCGCACCUGCAUGCAGGCAGCAAGCUCAGCCUUCCCUCCUCAGUCUGCCCAGGUCAGGGGCGGGUUCCUGCGCGGCCCCGCCCCUGCCUCAUGUUCACGUGACCCUGGGCUAAUCUUGUCCCGGUGACUUCACGGGCCCAGUAGUCAUGGUUACGCCGCAGCGCCCAGCCCUUCCCCCAGCCGGCUGUGCUCUCUUCUCCCCUCUUGGACCCCUCCCACAGCCGCGCCCCCAGCCCCGCACCACGUGACGGUCGGGAAGGAGGUCGACGGGGAUGGGGCGCCGUGGCUGUAACCCCUUCCACUCCGCUUGCCGCGGUGACGUCCUGGUGGCCGGGCGGUCCAGCAGGUGGGCCGAGAGCAUGCGAGAGAUCCAGCCUUGGGGCCUUGGUGAGGGAGGCGGAAGCCUUGGGGUCGUUUGCAGGAAAUUCUCCGGGCCUUGGAUCCCCUGGAACUGGAGUUAUAGGGGUUGUGAGCAUCAUGUGGAUGCUGGGAAUGGAACCCCAGUCAUCUCGAAGAACAACAAAGUUUCACUCUGUAGCCCAGGCUGGCCUGAAACUCACUGUGAAACCAGAGAUGACCUUGGACUUCUGAGCCUCUCACCUCCAUUCCUGAGUGCUGGGACUGCUGGGCCCGCUACUCAGCACACCUGGCUCCAGAGGCCAUGGCCUGCCUCCAUGAAACCCGAACACCCUCCCCUUCCUUUGGAGGCUUUGUGUCUACUCUAAGUGAGGCCUCCAUGCGAAAGCUGGAUCCAGACACUUCAGACUGCACCCCUGAGAAGGACCUGACACCUACCCAAUGUGUACUUCGAGAUGUUGUGCCUCUCGGUGGGCAGGGUGGAGGAGGGCCCAGCCCCUCCCCAGGUGGAGAGCCUCCUCCAGAGCCUUUUGCCAAUAGUGUCCUGCAGCUACAUGAGCAGGAUACAGGUGGGCCAGGGGGAGCCACCGGGUCACCUGAGAGUCGAGCAUCUAGGGUUCGAGCUGAUGAGGUACGUCUGCAGUGCCAGAGUGGCAGUGGCUUCCUUGAAGGUCUUUUUGGCUGCCUGCGCCCUGUCUGGACAAUGAUUGGCAAAGCCUACUCCACAGAGCACAAGCAACAGCAGGAAGACCUUUGGGAAGUCCCCUUUGAGGAAAUCCUGGACCUGCAGUGGGUAGGCUCAGGGGCUCAGGGUGCCGUUUUCCUGGGACGCUUUCAUGGGGAGGAGGUAGCUGUGAAGAAGGUUCGAGACCUCAAGGAGACCGACAUCAAGCAUCUUCGAAAACUGAAGCACCCCAACAUCAUCACUUUCAAGGGUGUUUGCACACAGGCCCCGUGCUACUGCAUCCUCAUGGAGUUCUGUGCCCAAGGACAGCUGUAUGAGGUGCUCAGGGCGGGCCGCCCCGUUACCCCCUCCUUGCUGGUUGACUGGUCCAUGGGCAUCGCUGGAGGCAUGAAUUACCUACACCUGCACAAAAUCAUCCAUAGAGACCUGAAGUCACCCAACAUGCUAAUCACAUACGACGAUGUGGUGAAGAUCUCAGACUUUGGCACUUCCAAGGAGCUGAGUGACAAGAGCACCAAGAUGUCCUUUGCAGGGACAGUAGCCUGGAUGGCUCCUGAAGUGAUCAGAAAUGAACCUGUGUCUGAGAAGGUUGACAUCUGGUCCUUUGGGGUGGUGCUUUGGGAAUUACUGACUGGAGAGAUUCCCUACAAAGAUGUAGACUCCUCAGCCAUCAUCUGGGGUGUGGGAAGCAACAGUCUUCACCUGCCUGUACCCUCUAGCUGCCCAGACGGCUUUAAAAUUCUGCUUCGCCAGUGCUGGAACAGCAAACCUCGGAACCGCCCAUCAUUCCGACAGAUCUUGCUGCACCUGGACAUCGCCUCGGCUGAUGUGCUCUCUACACCCCAGGAGACUUACUUUAAAUCCCAGGCAGAGUGGCGGGAAGAAGUAAAACUGCACUUUGAAAAGAUUAAGUCAGAAGGGACCUGUCUGCACCGCCUAGAAGAGGAACUGGUGAUGCGGAGAAGGGAGGAGCUCAGACAUGCCCUGGACAUCAGGGAGCACUAUGAGCGCAAGUUGGAGAGAGCUAACAACUUGUACAUGGAACUGAAUGCCCUCAUGUUGCAACUAGAACUCAAAGAGAGGGAAUUGCUCAGGCGAGAGCAAGCUUUAGAAAGGAGGUGUCCUGGUCUACUGAAGUCACACACGUCCCGAAGCCUCCUACAUGGAAACACGAUGGAGAAGCUCAUCAAGAAAAGGAAUGUGCCACAGAAACUGUCACCCCAUAGCAAAAGGCCAGAUAUUCUCAAGACAGAGUCUUUGCUACCUAAACUAGAUGCAGCCCUAAGUGGGGUGGGGCUUCCUGGGUGUCCUAAGGGCCCCCCUUCACCUGGGAGGAGUCGUCGUGGCAAGACCCGUCACCGAAAGGCCAGCGCCAAGGGCAGCUGUGGAGACCUGCCUGGGCUUCGUGCAGCUUUGCCACCCCAUGAGCCUGGAGGACUAGGAAGCCCAGGAGGCCUAGGAGUGGGCCCUACAGCUUGGGAUGCCUGCCCCCCUGCUCUCCGUGGACUCCACCAUGACCUUCUACUUCGGAAGAUGUCUUCAUCAUCCCCAGACCUGUUAUCAGCAGCACUGGGAGCCCGAGGCCGAGGGGCAACAGGGGGAGCUCGGGAUCCUGGCUCACCACCUCCACCCCAGGGUGAUACUCCUCCAAGUGAGGGAUCAGCUCCUGGUUCCACCAGCCCAGAUUCACCUGGGGGAGCUAAAGGGGAACCACCUCCACCAGUAGGGCCUGGAGAAGGUGUGGGGCUGCUGGGAACUGGAAGGGAAGGGACUACAGGCCGGGGAGGAAGCCGGGCUGGGUACCAGCACUUGACCCCCGCUGCGCUGCUGUACAGGGCUGCUGUGACUCGUAGUCAGAAACGUGGUAUCUCAUCUGAAGAGGAAGAAGGAGAGGUCGACAGUGAAGUAGAGCUACCCCCAAGUCAAAGGUGGCCUCAGGGCCCGAACAUGCGUCAGUCACUAUCUACGUUCAGCUCAGAGAACCCAUCAGAUGUGGAGGAAGGUACAGCUAGUGAGCCUUCCCCAAGUGGCACACCGGAAGUUGGCAGCACCAACACUGAUGAGCGACCAGAUGAACGGUCUGAUGACAUGUGCUCACAGGGUUCAGAAAUCCCACUGGACCUACCUACUUCAGAGGUGGUCCCUGAACGUGAAACCAGCUCCUUGCCCAUGCAACACCAGGAUGACCAGGGCCCCAAUCCUGAGGACUCAGACUGUGACAGCACUGAAUUGGACAACUCCAACAGCAUUGAUGCCUUGCGGCCCCCAGCCUCCCUUCCUCCAUGAAAGACACUCUUAUUCCUUGUACAUAGAGAAAUAUUUAUAUAAAUAAUAUAUAUGCGCCACAUAAUCAACAGAUAGACGGGGCUUUCUUAGCCGUAAGUCAGGCUUCAGAGUGAACGACGCCCCUGACCAAUUAAGUUCUAGGGACACUGGCAGCUGUGGAAAUGACUCCAAGUACUACCCUAGAGCUGUAAGGAAAGGACACCGGUCCCUUCUUGCUUCACCCCAUUCCUUAUGUUGAACAAGCAAGUAGGCAUAGAAAAGCCAGGCUUGUCUCUACACUGUCUGUCCCUAAACAUGGGGGGCAGGAAGAGGAUUCACUUAAAACUGCACUUUUAUUUUCCGUUUACUGUUUACACAUUUUGCACUUGGGAGGAGGGAAACUAAGGCUGGGUCCUAGGUCCUCCCUCUGAGGUUUCUCAGGUGGCAAUGUAACUCAUUUCUUUGUUCCUGUUUCUCUGCCAAAGCCCUGGCUUUGGGCCCAGAGGCAAGUUAGAAGAUUAAUAGCAUGUGAUGGCUCAGGCUGAAGAACUGGGUGCUGGUUAAGUCCCCGCUGUUAUCUGGUGCCUGGUAGGGGUGGGGACUGUCAUAUUGUAACCCCUGUGAACAACCCUGAAAUAUAACCACUCCAUGCAGGCCCAACUGUCGAGGGUUUUCUUGGUGAAUGAGUGGAGUGGUAAUACAUGGAUUAAGUCUUGGAUUUAAGAUUUUACCUGAGGAAUUUGGAUAAGUUACUUUCUAAGUUAACAUAAAUGGCAGCAGGUAAACUUUUCUAAAUGAUUUCAGGACAAGAACACAAGGUCUCACAACACCUGUGGAGAAAACUAAAUGAUUACUAGACUUUAAAAUUAAAGUAUGCACGAGGCAGUGAUUCUCAAGCUUCCAAUCGACACCUUCCUGUCCCAGCUCCAUAAAUGCACUGUACAAUGCUGCUGUACAAUCCCAGGGUAAGUGUGACUGUCAGUCUUCAGAGGCCACCCAGGAUCAUGGGGGGGAAAAGAUUGAGGGCAAAUUACAAAAAAAAAAAAAAAAAAAAAAAAAAAAAGGGAGUGGUAAAAAAGGAAGUCCACUAAUUCUAUUUAAAUGGAAUCAGGGCUCUAUAAAAAUAGUAUCAGACAGGAAUAACACCCGCAUAAGUCACUGUGGCAUCCAGUUUCUAUUCACAAAGAAAAAGCUCCAGUCCAUCUUUUAAUUCUUUUUUUGAAAAAUUCCUGACAUUACAGAACUAAACUGAAAUGUAUUAAUAAUCCACUCUUACAUUUCCAUGACAAACAAAAAUUCAUGAGCCAAAAAAAAAAAACAAAACAAAACAAAAAAGGGGGAGAAGCUUAUAAAACUAAAUAUGGAUAUCUCAGCGUAACUGCUGAACAGAGAAAAGAAUUAAAACACUUUAAUUAAAAAAUCAUGAGUGGAUGAUAAAGUGUGUAGAAACUGAAAAUUUACAAACUAUUUAAAACCUGGAAUCGCUGACUGUUCAGAAACUACACAGAUGGAUCAUGGGUGGUGGUGAACAGCAGAAAGGGAUUAUGGAUGAAUCUGCUCUGUUCUAGCUGCUCCCCAUGCCACCUGUCUCCGAGGAAAGCCUGUAAAACAGAAACAAGAGUAAAGUCAGUUUACCUGGCUAUAAUCAGUAGUUCAUUACACCAGAGUAUCUCAAGGUUUCCUAGAUUAACUCGUACUGUGAUGUUUAAGGCUGUGUGUGUGUUCUCAGAAGAGCAUAACAAAUAAGUGUUUUAUUCUUUGGAAACUGAAAGCAUUUCUAGAGAACAUUAGACUUCAAGAAGUUGAUCCUAUCAUGUGUUUUACACUAGAACAGCCUACCAAUGUGAAGCAGUUUUGUGUUGGGAGCAUUAACACAUCUGAAGAUAUUAAUAGUGUGUUACAGGGAGGAGCAGAAAUAGGAACUACAGUGAAGAAUUCAGAACAAAUACUAACAGGAAAACAAGUAUCAGGACUUCAGUUCCUUAGCUCACUCUUCAAAAUCCAAAACCUGUGGCCUUCCUGUGCCACAUCUUCCUUAUACACAGGCCUGGCUACGGUGCCUUUCUACUUGUUUCAAAUAGGUCAGUUAAGGUCCUGGAGUACAAUUAAGCUUUGAGAUAAAGUUAUUCACUAUCUUUGGACAGCAGCAAAAUUUCUCCUUCUGAAGAUAACUGGAGGUGUAGUCUCAGUCCUACACCAUAAACUUAACUUGCUUAACUUCUCAAAGAGCUGACUGACAUCCAUUCAUGAUGUUUGGUUAGUACCAUGUGCACUAAAUGUACAAAUACCAUAGGGGAAGGGGUAUGUCCCAGAAACCAGAGAAGUCAUUCUUCAAUUAAAAGCUGUGUUUUCUUUAAAGUCAGAAA